UCAAUGAGAUUUAUGGAGUUUGAAUACUUGCGAAUCCGCCAGAAGGGGGCUGUUCGCGCUAUUGAAGAAGAAUGUACCGUAGUCCUCUUUUGGAAUAGGGGAAGGGUGCAUGCUGUUGGUAAAAGUAAACAUGACAGUGACGGUGGACUGGGCCGCUUGACAAACUUACGCGCCAGAGUGCACAGUAAACUUUCACAUGUGAUUUGCUCCGUCGAAAAACCUAGCAUGUUGAACAAAAUUAAAAAAACAUAUUCGCAGGUUAUAAUAAGGCCUAUUAAAAAUUCACCAAGACAUUUAGAAAUCAUUGGUGAUAGAAUCCACAUGGAUGCUAUCGUUAAAAAGUUUCUCUCUUCGAGAAAUUCAGCUUUAAAGACUUUAAAGCCUGAUAAGCCUAUAGGGUCGGCGUCAAAGCAAUUUUCUGGUGAGGCCAUCGCACAAAAAAAUUACGAAAAGCAAUCGUUGUCUCGGCAACCUAAAGCAAUCAGCAAAGCACUAUACAAAGCUACCAGCCCGACAGCAGCAUACACACCAAGCUUAAGGCAGACCGCCAGCAGCAGUCCAAUACCGAUCGAAAAGCCAUCACCUCUAAAUAAGGCGAUCAACAGAUCACUUAUAAUCAAAGAGACUGCACAAAAUCAAAUGAAAACAUCUCCGUUCGUGUUUUACUUCAACAAUGGUGCUGAACUAACAUUUCAUAGAGGAGAUAUCACCAAACAGCGAGUGGACUCUAUCGUCAACGCGGCCAAUGAAGAACUUCAUCACAGCGGAGGAGUAGCCAAAGCUAUCGCCGACGCCGCUGGGCCCAGCUUGAGAGAAGAAUCCGCUGAACUGCGCCGAGCGUAUGGUGGACGUAUCCCCACUGGGAACGUAGUGACCACUGGAGCCGGCCGUCUACCUUGUCGUUAUGUGCUCCAUGCUGUGGGACCCCAUGUGCGAAUGCCUGGUUAUAAAGACCUUCUGGAGGAAACUGUGAAAAAUAUCGUUGUUGAAUGCGGUAACCUUCAUCUUCACAGUGUCGCAAUACCUGCCAUCAGUACUGGCAUUUAUGGCGUCCCGAAACACGAGGGGGCAGCGGCAAUGAAACGAGCCCUGAAAAGGAAAGUCGAACAAGAACGGAACACACUUCGACAAAUCCGAAUGGUUGACACUGGUCAAGAAACAAUCUCUAUCUAUAGCAAAAUAUUCGAGCAGGACGAUGAUUUCUCUGAUGACAUGAAAGUAAAGCAGUCAACGUUUGGGGGAGCAGAAGCAACGCCGCUGGGAUGGCAUGACAACGGCGCAGGCGCAGUAGGUUAUGACACCUCCACGGCCAAAUACAGUGCAAGGAAAUAUGACGAUGAAGAUUCUGGUGUUGUAUAUCAGCGUGGAGCUUUGUACCAAGCAGAUGACGUAUACAGUUCUCCUCUGUGCGAUCCUACUGACCAGUUUGAGACGGCAUCCCGUGAGACCCAUGACACAGAGUCUGCAUACGAUUGGGGUACUGAUUUGUCUCCGUUUGAAGACCAUGAAGACGAAGCUGUGUGCCCAAUUUGCAUGGAUACAUUUACAGAGAGACAAGAUCUGAAACGAUGUGGACACAGUUUUUGCAAGGAGUGCUUGUCCCGAGCCCUCAAGAUCCAGAACAAGUGCCCGAUCUGCGGUGAUCUACUGGGCGAACAAAGAGGGAACCAACCAAAAGGAACCAUGAGUGUCAGCUAUGAACGCGAGUCUCUUCCAGGCUACGAGGGCUCAGACACGAUUGUCAUCGAUUACGAUUUUCCUUCGGGGAAGCAGAAGGAGGAGCAUCCUAAUCCAGGCGAGCCGUACAAAGGUACAAGACGCAGAGCAUUUCUGCCCAAUAAUGCAGAAGGCAGGGAGAUUCUUAAACUAUUAGACAGAGCCUUUAAGGCCAAGCUUCUAUUCACCAUUGGUCGGUCCGUCACGACCGGACAGGACAAUGUCGUAGUGUGGAAUGACGUGCACCAAAAAACUAGCCGCACGGGAGGGGUAUCAAAGUAUGGAUACCCUGACCCAACGUACUUUUCACGGGUAAAGGAGGAGUUGGCAGCCAAAGGAAUUAAAUAACAAGGCAAAGGAGGAUCAAAUAAAUCAGUUAAAAAUGUCCGUCCCGUGCGAAAUAUAUAUAUAUAUAAGCUGAUCAACACAAGAAUUAACUUAUAGUUUGGAUGGAGUGUCUAAGCUUAUUCAUGAUUACUGUAUAACAUUUAAUACUUUAUUAAAAUGCAGCUACGCAACUGACCUUCGUUCAGUAUUUUGCGUCUUAAUUAAAAAGCAGAUGUCGGCAUAUGUUCAUUCCAAGGCCUUCGUCUUCUAUUCCUCGAUUAUUGAUUAACAUAUCAUCCAUUUGAAAAGAGCCCGGAACUCACCUCGAGACUUAUUCAAAAUAAUUCAUUUUCUAAGUUCGAUGCUUUAUAACUGGUAGUAACUAUACGUAACAGCAAUUAAAGCUGUUCUGGGCUCGGCAAAUUGCGACCGCACACAAACAUUAUGAUAUAUCGCUAUUUGCAAUGGCAGUUGCACCCCAUGCUCUCUCGAGACCUUCGCAAUAGCAACGCAUUUUUUGCGUAGACGGAAGCACCGCCUUGAACUCUACUAAAGAUAGAU